GUUGUAUAAAAAAAUCGGUAAGGCGAUUGCAACGUAAUAACUGGCUAAUUCGGCUAUCAGUCAUAAUUUACAGAAACAGAAGGAGCACGUAUUACAGUUAUACUCGUAGAAUUUGUGGUCAAUUUACAUAUUAGUCAGAAAUACUGUAAAAUAUUCCUGACGUAGUUCUCGUUAAAGCAAGAAAACCAAAGAGUUGGAGAAAAAAAAGCUAAAUUCCUACAAACAGUGAAAAAACUUAUAAACUGCAUUCAAAAGAAAUGAAAUCAUCGAUUUUCGUUGCCUUCCUCCUGCUGGGACUUUUCGUAGCACCAUUCAAUUGUGAAGAUGCUACUAAAGCAGAUAACAAAACCGUGGUGGGAACUGAAAAAGCGAAUGUGCCUGAAACAACGGCUGUGCCAAUAACAGUUCCAGAUGAUACAACAACUACUACGACAGACAAGCCUACAACCACAACAGACAAGCCUACAACCUCAACAGACAAGCCUACGACUACAACGUCUACGGAACAGCCAACUACAACAACUGAAAAACCGACACCAACCACAGAAAAAACGACGACAACUUCAACAACUCCAGCUUCGAAUGAUACUACAACAACUACGACAUCUUCGACAACCACGACUUCCACAACAGUUGCUCCCGAUACAACAACAACAGUUUCACCCAAUAGCACAACCACCACCACCACUACCACUCCAUCACCAUCUCCAUCUCCAUCUCCAAACCCAACACCUUUGCCACCUUGUCGUCGUUUUGAUGGUCCCUCAUUCAUUGGUGGCAUUGUCUUAACUUUAGGAUUAUUGGCUAUCGGCUUGGUAGCUUACAAAUUUUAUAAGGCUCGUAAUGAACGAAACUACCACACUCUUUGAGCCGCCACAGCUUUCACGUCUGCUUUUAACGCGACCGCAAAUGGUGCAUCUGCAAGUGCUGCUUCUAACACAGAUGCUGAACGUGUACGUUUUAUGCCGGCAAUUCCUUUGCGCGCUCCACCCUCACCCCCUCCUCCACCACCAACGUCGCAGCAGACAAACAAUCAACAGUCCUCCCCCACAGCUCAUCAAAGGCUCCUUUAUACAUAAAUACAAAAGUAAUCAUGAAUUUUUGCAAACUAUUUCUCCAGAUCGAAUUUUUUGGAGUUUCCAAAUUUUAUUUGAAAGAAUAUAAUAAAUAUAUACAUAUAUAAAAGAAAUAUCUAAGAAGAUAAAUGAAUUCAUAAUGCCUUUCAAACAUUUUAUUUUUAUCGAAUAUAUACAUACAUAACUGAUAUACAAAAGAAAAAUGCACUGAAAUGUGAAAACUAAAAUAUUAACCGAUAAAAUUUUUUAUGUAAGUACACAAUACGUUUAACAGAUGGUAACGGAGAUACACAUUGAAAAACGUUUAUCGUAUGAAAAGAUACAAUUUUGAGACUGUAUAAAACAAAACAAAAAUGGAAAAUGUAUGAUUUAAAGGAGAUGAAUAAAAUGCAAACUAAAUGCUUAUCCUCACGUUUUUCUCCUAGUAUAUAUUAAGUGAAGUGUAAUAAGACUUUUUUUUUGAGAAUAAAAUUAAAUUUUCAUGCAACAUUA